AUGAAAUGGGUUUCCCCAAAGAAUCCGACUGAGAUAAGAAGUUUUCUAGGCCUCGCGGGAUACUACCGACGGUUUAUACAGGAUUUCUCGAAGAUAGCCCUACCCUUAACCAGACUAACGAGAAAGAAAGAAACGUUUGUAUGGGGUAAGGAACAGGAAGAGGCCUUUCGUAUAUUAAAGGAGAAAUUGUUGAGUCCUCCGGUCUUGACUUUGCCAGAUGGGACUGAAGAUCUAGUUGUUUAUUCAGACGCUUCACAGCAGGGAUUAGGUUGUGUUUUGAUGCAAAGGGGAAGGGUUAUUGCAUAUGCUUCGCGAAACUAA